GUUGCCAUUCACACGAAUGUCAGUUACAUGUCGUUGGUACAUUUCCUCGUCGGUUGUAAAUAAAACCUCGAGAAAUGCUAUAAUUAUGCUGCGCAACGGCCAGAAUCAAGCCCAAUUCCUGGCCCGGCCUGGGCAGUUGGCGCGGGGAAUGGCCAGUUCAAAAGGAACAUCCAGUAAGCAGGAGAAGAUAAAGCUGCCCAAGCGCCCGGUAGUUGAGAUGCCGGCGGAGGAGCCCCUAAAUGCACAUUAUUUGGCCAAAAAUCUGGGUAGCAGCUACCGGGCUUGGGUGGCUGCCCUGGAACACCCCGAACUUAAAACGUUGAAGCGCAAGGACCUGCUCAACUCCUACGACAUGAAAUCCCUGGAGUACAGCGUUGAAGACAUCAUAGCCAAGCCCAUGAUCAUCUACUAUGGAGCCACCACGCUGGCCAAUCGUCACAGUGUGCUGCAGGAGUGUGGCUUUCAGAACGUGACUGUCCAAACGCGCAAAUAUGUCACGGUGGUCAACAAGCCGAUAGAAGUCCUCAAGGCCCAUAGCUUCAUCCCCUACGACGUGAAGGUGGCGGAGCGUUUGGCGGUUAUUGACGGAAUCACCCUGCCGGUUGAUUUGCGGGAGCUGGGCGAAAGCAUCACGCUGAAGAGCCUGAGGCAAACUCUGCUGAACGCAUACCUGCGCGAACGCCUUCAAAUGGACGACAGUGAUCUGCAGAAGCUGUGGCGCGUCUACUCUCGUAUCCGUCACAAGAGCUUUCGCGCCAUGCAGGAUACUGUGGAGCUCCUGACCAACGAGCUCCAGUUUCCCGCCGAACGGCUAAGGAAGAACAGCUUUCUGCUCUAUUCAGAGGCGGAUAAUGUGCGACGCAUCCUGCGGGAGAUCCCUACCAUUGACUCGCAGGACAUUCGCGAAAUUGGCUUCCGUCGUCCCAAGAUCCUGAUGUCCACCUGCGAUAGUUUAAAGCAAACCCUGCAAUACGUCAAUGCGUUUGGCAUUAGUGAGGAUGCCGUUCUGCGCUGCCUGGAGGUGCUAACCCUCGGACCGGAAACGGUGCUGGAGCGACUCAGGGAUCUGCAGGAGAUCGAGGAGUUUCAGGUGCUGGGCACCAAUCCGCGAGUACUGAGACUGGUGCACUAUCAAAACAAGGCGCGACUGCGUCUGGAUUACCUUAAUCAGCUGAGGGUUCGUUGCGCUUCCUUGCACAUCCUCUCCUGCGGCUCAGAGGCUUUUGCCAAAUUUGCCAGAGAUGGUUCGGAUCGUACCAAAGGUCGCGAUAUUGUGGUUUACCUGGGUAACGUUUUUUCCAAGGAUAAACUAACUCUGCGCAAUCUGCUCUCCCGCCAUCCCAACUGGUGUCAUAUUCCUCUGCUGCAUGUGAAGCAGUGUCUGGAGUACCUCCGCAGCAAAAAGUUUAAGCUACACGAGAUUUUUGCCAACAUACACUUGCUUCUGUAUCCCAUCAAACGGAUUGAGGAAAAGUGGCUUAUUUUGCAACAACCAGAUGCCCAAGAAGAACUUCAGUUGCCAGUGGCGGAUUUCAACUCACUGAGCAACAACGAGAUCCUGACUCUCAUCCUCUACCUGAUCGAAUCUGAGUUUCAUUUUACUGGCGACGGCAUCUGGACGGAGCAACACACACAUCACGUGGAGAACUUCAACAAUCUACUGCCCGACUUUCCCGAAAGCCUCAACAAGGUCUACAAAUAUGGAGUUAAGCCUGCCGAUAAGCUGGUCAUGCAGAAUUUAUAGGCCUGUACCACUAGAACUGUAAAUAGUUUGUUAUUAAAAUUUGCAACCACAAUGAAAUUCCCAUUUAAAAUUUAA